AUGGAGCGCGGCUUCGACGGUUUGUUCAUAAAUCACCAUACGACUUCGCUGCCGAGCGUCCCUCGCGAAGACAAACGGCCGAUUCUAGCAAUAACUCAGUGGCCGACCAUAAAAAUGUCUCGGUGCUUCGGCGGCGGCGACACUGUGAAAUUCGCGUGCGGAUCGUUAGCCUUAAAAGUACUGACGCUCGCUCAGCGACGGCACCGGACGAGCGGGGCCGAAAAACGAACUCGAACUCGAACUCGUCGUCAUCGUCGUCUUUCGAUGACCGGAAUUCCUCACCUCGUCUACCAUUUCAAAAUCCUCGCAAGGCCAAGGCAACUUUCCGGAAAGUGA